CGCAGCCGCGCAGGCGCACGGGCUGCUGAAAGGCUCGGAAGGCGCCAUGGCUGACCCCUACGCGCCGGUGGAGGCCGCGCUCGGCCCCGACGAGAACUUCCUUUCGCUGGCCGACAUCCUUAUGUCGCAGGAGCGGCUGCCGUGCCGUGCCGAGGUCGCCUGGCCUCGUUUGGCUGCCUUCCUAGCCAGGGUCGACGCGGCCGCUGCGCCCGGCAAGGCGCUCCCUGAGGGUUCAAAGUUGGAAAUCCCUCUCUGGUUGGCCAAAGGCUUGUAUGACAAGCGGAGGAUUCUUUCUGUGGAGCUACCAAAGGUGUACAAAGAGAGCUGGCGGACAGUGUUUAAUGCAGAUGCCAGUGUGGUUGACCUGCAUAAAUUGGGGCCAUAUUACUAUGGAUUUGGGUCCCAGUUACUCAAUUUUGACAAUCCUGAAAAUACUGAAUUAGCUCAGUCCAUACUACAGGUAAAAGAUCUGCUUCUUACAGCUUAUAAUUCUUCAUUAUUAUUUGAAACUUGUUACAGCCACCCAUUCCAGUAGAUUCUGUUUACCUUGUAAAUAAAAACGUUUAAAACAAACCGUACCAAAAGCAACUCAGACUAUGAGAGUCAUGACAGUAACAGACCAGACCAGAGCCCUGAAAAAUACAUGAUUGUAACCCUAGACCUGAUGACAAAGCUAGUAUGUAAGGGCUUUUUGAAACCCCAUGAGAGAGGGCAUUGUGUAUUUCUUAAAGUAGGCUGUUCCAGAGAGUAGGAGCUAUGAGAGGGAAGGCAUGCUUCCCUCUCAUGACAACAUAGAGAGGACUAGAACACCCCCAUUCUGUCAGGGUACCAGGCAAGCAGAAAUGUUUGGAGAUAGGCCUCAGAUAUCCCCCCCCCCCCAUGUUACACAGGGCUUUUUCAACAAACCUUGAAUUGCACUCAGCAGCCUACUGGCACAGCUUGCACAGCCGCAGUGAUCCAUGGACAUAGCAAGAACAUGCCCAUUAUUGCUCAUGUCACUGCAUUUUGUAACAGUGAUAGUUUCUGGAUGUGUUCAAAGUCAGUCCCAUGUACAGUGCCUUGCAGUAAUUCAAUCAUGAGGUGACCACUACAUGAAUAACUGAAGGGUCUCCAUAUCAAUAGGUGCACAAGAUGAGCUGCUGGCCACAGUUGUCACUUGUUCUUUGAACAGUAAGCACAAGUUCAGAAGGACUCCCCAGUUGCAUAGUCGUGAAUAGGGAAGUGUUUCACCAUCCACAACUAACAAUGGAAAUAUAUCUGAACCUGGGGUUGGGGUGAGGGGCAAACACCACCCAGUCUUCUCAAGACUGAGUUGUAGUCUACUCCUGUGAAACAGCUACCAAAUGCUGCAUUUCUCAGAGCCCUUCAAAAGAAAAAGUUUGUGAAUAUAACAGUCCAUUCAAUUAAUGUACUACUUAUCAAUUCUGCACAUUAGCCUAAUUUUGAUGUAAUUCUGCAUUAUAAUUGUGUACUAACAGCCCAAGCUUAGGGUUCCUGUUUUCUCCUUUCUU